CAAUGCGCGUGCGCGAAUAAUCCUUGCAAUCUCCCAUUACUGGACUCAUCACCGAUCGUAGCGGCCGCGAGCGAUCUCCUCCGGAAAGACCGGAAACUCGGGGUGAUAAGAGCGUAAUGGAACAGUUCCGCUUGCCUUUUUAUCUCGCUCCACUCCACAAGUCGUUCUCGCCGUCGUCGCCAUCCAUCUUCGUCGUUUACACCGCACGGUCGCGACGCAGUACAAUGUGCGGAAGUGAGCGCCGCUGAUCGGGGAGACGGAAGCAUGGCGCGUCCCAAGCACAGAGCGAGCGCGGACGUCUGCGCCGACUGCGGGACUCUCGAGCCAGGAUGGGCGUCGAUAAACAGGGCUAUUUUAUUGUGCGACGACUGCUGUGGGAUUCAUCGUAGUCUAGGGCGUCACGUGUCGCACAUCAAGUCGUUGCACAAGGGCGUUUGGAACGCGCAGCUAUUGAACAUGGUGCAUACAUUGAGUGAUAACGGAGCUAACAGUAUUUGGGAACAUUCCCUGCUAGACCCCAGCAACUCCAAGAUUAGUAGGAGGAAACCGCAGUCUAAGGAUCCCUUACACCCAGCGAAGGCAGAUUUUAUUAAAGCCAAACAUCAACACUUGGCCUUUAUAUUGCGGCCGAGCAAGGAGGAGUGUUGUACCGAGGAGGAACUCAGUAGACAGUUACACAGUAGCGUUCGUACAAGUAAUUUAGAAACUUCGUUGAGGCUAUUGGCACAGGGAGCCAACUCCAAUUAUUUUUACAAGGAAAAAGGGACCACACCUUUACAUGUGGCAGCACGUGCCGGACAAGCUCUCCAAGUAGAACUUUUAAUAGCUAAUGGUGCAAAUCCGAGUGUAGUUGAUCUAAAUGGACAAACGGCUGCUGAUAUCGCCAAAAUGGCAGGGCAUAUAGAUUUAUCUGAACGUAUAAUUGAAUGUAUGUACGAAGUAACAGACAGACUAACAUACCACAUAUGUUCUCGCAAACCGAGUCAUCGAGGCGAUGAACAUCUAAUAAACUCCGAUUUGGCGUCUUUCUUGGAUAAAAAUGAAUUGGCUUUAGAAGGAAAAAACAGAUUGCAAAUGCUACCAAAUCACUUGCUGGAAGAGCUAGCCAUGGACGUUUACGACGAGGUGGAUCGCCGGGAAACAGAAGCAAUCUGGUUUUCAACCGCAUCCCUCCCGGAGAAAUGUACCGUUCCAUUUCUGCCAGUUAAUCCGCAAUUGUCGUCUACUAGAAACCAAGGAAGGCAAAAAUUAGCGAGAUUUACGCCGAAGGAAUUCACCACUCUCAUCGUAGAUUUACUAAUUGAGGCGGGUCGGAGACACACGCUCGCUAAUAAUGCACUUCAAAAUCCCGCGGUAUCUAUGCUUCGCAAAGAGCAACUUGGUAAGCAUGGAUCGCAAGUGUCUGACGACGAGCCUUUGUACGACAGUGUUGCAUCUGAUGAUGACUAUGCUGCUCUAACAUCUACGGACAAUACUUCGUCCGACGUUUCGAACCAGCUUAAAACUAAUAAUGAGGAAGCAUGUACACCAAUCGCUAAGGGUCUUCCGUCUAUGGUAGAAGUUUUGAAGAAACAAUUGACCCUGUCCGAAUCAACUGUGCGAGAUCUCCGCGAGCAGGUACACGCCCUGCAAACUACUGUCGAGCAGCUCACUCGAGAGAACAACGAGCUGAAGCAUAUGCUACGGAUCAGAGGUUCUGACGAUGGCAACAUGAACGGGCAUGUUGGUGGAGAACAGGAACCUGAAUUAGAGCCAGUGCACGAUAUCAAAACGUCCACUGUGCGUGGAAAUCAACGACCGGCAUCUAUGUAUGAGACUAGAGAAGGUCUGCGGAAACCAGCGUCAUGGUCGACAACCAUUUGCCAGACGAAGCGCGACACCGAGACAUUAUCGCGAAGUAACACGCAAAGCUUGUGGGAAUGUGGCGCGUCUAAUUUGCCACCCAGCGAAGAGGUCACUCGACGAACGGAACAAGUUACCAGGCGAAUUCAAGAGCUGUGGAUGGCUAUGCAAGAUCCAAGCCAACGAGAGGCCUUCGUGCCGUGCGCCGAGAGGAUACGCGUUGCUGUUGCCGAGUUAACUGCUAUAUUUCCUCAGAAUCCAAUUGAGGAGAAUGUCAGAUCUGCCUUACGCCAGUUAAAUGGUAAUACCGGGAGACUUCAAGCUGAGUGUUCCGGUCUUCAAAGAUGCACCAGUGAUGCCGAGCACAUGGAUCGUUGUUUGCAACAAGUACGUUCAUGCGCUUACGAUAUUGCCAAAGCAACCAAGCUACUUGUCACGCAAUUUCAAAUUUAGAUUCUCUCGAUGUCAUGGGAAACGUAUUGAGGGAUGUCUUUACUUCUUAUCAAGUCUAUUAGAUGUUUCUUUCUUUUCGAGUCUUAAUUACAUAGUUAUUGCAAUUCUUUAUAUAUAUUUACUUUAAAACAGUAAUAUUCACUCGUUUAUUGCCUUUUUGUUAAGUUUAACAAAUAUUGGAGAAGAAUCACUUUUUCUCUUAUAUUAUUAUUGAAGUAUUUAAUUGUCAGAGUGGAUUACUAAAAAUACUCUAAAAUUAUUUAAGUAUCUAUGGUUGAAUGCGAUCUUAUAGAUAAGACAUGACAUUGUUUGAAAAAAAAAUAUAUAUACAUAUAUAUAUACACAGGGUUGAGUAAGUUGCCUAUUUUUUUAACUAAGUUAAAGUUAACAACUUUGAAAAUUUAACUUAGUUAAGCUACAAGUUAACCCAUAAUGAAAUUAAUUGAAUUAAAAUUUAAGUUAAUAUUAAAAAGAAAUUAAAAAGUUAAAAGUUAAAUUUGUUUUAUUUUUAUACAAAAUCUUAGAGACUCGCGAUCGUGUAAACUGCUUUGAAUUUCACGACCAGCGUUUGCACAACCAAUCACACUACAUGAAAUAUGGUCCGUUUCAUGCGCAGAUUCACAUGAGAAUCAAAGUCCCAUAUAAUGGCUGUGUUUCAACAUUCACUGCCAGCAUUAAAGAUCUAUAGUGCAUAUAUCGUAUAUUAUAAAUUUUUAGUGCUGGGAGUGAAUUUUGGAACACAGGAACUGCCAAUAUAGACAAACGCACGGUGCCUCGCGAUGCCUUUGUUUAUGGCAUGGUUCAUUUUAAGAAAGGUAAAUUACAAGUUAAAAGUUACCGAUAAAAUAUAAAUUAAGUUGAAAGUUAACAGUUUAUACCGUAACUAAGCUAAAACUAUUUAACAGUUUAUUUAUAUAAAAGUUAACAGUUUAUACCGUAACUAAGUUAAAACUAUUUAACUUGUUAACUUUUUAACUUAACUUUUAUCUUUUUAACUAGACAUUAUCUAACCCUGUAUAUACAUAUAUAUGUAUGUAUGUAUGUAUAAGAUUAUAUAGUAUAUCGUUUAAUACCCAACAAAGACUGAAUAGCGGCAAACCAAUGAAUUCUACAUAUAUGCAGCUUAAGUUUACAAGUUUUGUCUAAUACACAGUCCGACAAUGUUCCACCCAGACUUUAAAUCUCGUGCCUAAACGCAUGGCGCUAUUUGUCGGAACUAUAUAUCGUUAGAAAGGCGGGAAUGUCUUCUAUUAUUAUUAUUAUUGUGUAUUAUUGGCUCCUGACUUCAGACGGUGUCAAUACGGCCAUCUUUUUCUUAAUCUAUCCUAUGGCAGUCGGUUCAAGCACUGAAACGACAUGGCCACGAUUAUUAUUAUUAUUAUUAUUAUUAUUAUUAUUAUUAUUAUUAUUAUAACCAUCAGUAAAGUAGAAGACAGAGUUACGUCGGGUUUGGGCUGCUCUAGCUGUAAGCCCUCGGCUCUUUACGUUGCAGUUUAAAACAAUUGUCCUUCGUAUGUCCUCGUAACCUGCAAUAAGAACAAAAGGGAAUAUCUUUGCUCAAUUUAGAAUCGUUAGAACGUAAUUCAGCCUUUGGAGAUUCAGUAUUGGUUGAUUCCUUGGUCUUUGGUUUUUCCCACUUUCUUGGCAGUGUAGGAGAUUUGCUUGUACCUGUAUAUGAUGCAGCGAUGCGAUGCAUUUUAAGAAGAAAGUUGCUCACUGAUGUUGCUUCUAUUGCAGCGGUAGUACAUCUCAAUGAGCUGCUGGUGAUCCCAGAAAUUAGGAACUGUAUGGAAUCAGCUUCCGAUAGAUACAAAGUAUUCAUUAGAAGAAGCUUGUCUGUAGCGUAGUCAUCAAAGGAUUCUCUAUGAUGAUUCCAUUUUCUUGCUUCGAUCUUCUGCAUUAUAGCUUGCCAUAAUGCUUUUCUCUCGAAACGUAAACAUAAUGAUGUCUUGAAGGAUUUCCAAGAUUCUAAUACUGAGUCCUGGCAUGUAUCGAACCAUUUUCUUGCGUUUUUAUUUAAUUUAGAUGUAGCUGCUAAAAACAAUACGUCCAUUGAAACUCCAUGGAUAACCGCUAUUUUUUUCUUCACGGCGAAUCCAAUUUUCGACAUUCUCCUCUUCGGUUCCACCGUACGAAACUUAUUCAUUGAUUGUGAAAUAAUGAUUUAAACAUUCUUGUUAAUAACAAUAAUAAAAUGAACACAUGAAUUAAAUCAAUGAACAUCAAAUUUAUUAAAUUGUUUUUCAGACAAACAGUUUGUAUCGUCGAAACCUCUCCAACAUGGAGAGAUCUCGUGGUUUCGUAUGUUCUCGGUUGGGUCGGGAAGAAAAAAUCGAAUGCGUGUUUUUGAGCCAAUGGAAGAAUUCCUUUAUUGGCUCGUGGGGAACAGCCUUACGGCAUAAAAACCCCAAUGAUCUCUAAUCGAGUGUGUGUGUUGUACAACAGGUGAAAAUCGUGUAUGUAUCAAUUGCGACGGGGCCCCGCGAUACUGCAGAGACUCGGCUCUGAUCACGAGGCGAGCUCGUACCGAGUCCAGGCUCGGUUACUACGUAUAGUUACAGAGAAUUGUCUCUGGAUCACGAGAUGAAUCUCGUACCGAGUCCAGGCUCGGUUACUACGUAUCACGAGACAACGUAGUGUCUCGCGCCAAGUAUGACCGUUGUUAAUACGAUUGGCAAUCGGAUCGAUCGCCACUCUCAAGGGACAGAAGCGAAUCACGGUUAGAAUAUGGAAGUUAAUCGAACGAUCUCGAAUUAAUCGGGUACCCGAGCACUUCACUGUUCACCGAAGGAAGUCGCACUGAGCGUCACGUCACGCUCGUUGCCCCUUUUUAUUAGAAAUUCGGCGGCUCGGACUCCCCCCUCCCCACUACGGACCCACGACGGUGGCGCGGACCCACGACUAAAUAGCGAAGGUCGCGUCUGCUCAUGUUUCCCAAAAACGCGCGAGAUUAAAAUGAGUAUAAAUCCAAAGCAUCAAACUUCACUCCGCGAAACACAGUUCAUUUCUGUCCAGGUCUGUUUGAAGAGGAAUUACCUGUCGUUCAGCUUCAGUUUCUUCUUCUCUUUCUUCCUGAUAUCUUUCCACAUACAUCAGUAUGAGUCGAUCAAGUGCAUUUUUGCUUUUGAUGUUUCCUGCUAGCCCAGCAUAUCUAGUGAGUGUUCUUUCACCAUUUAUUCGAACCAACAGUUUCUUAGCAACGUACCCAAGUGAUUUGUAUAGAGUAGAUUUGACUACUCCUAGGUCACGUUUGAAUCCAUAGAAAGGAUUUUGACCAACAACUUCUACAGCUGCUCGCCAAU